UAUCUGUUCAGGUGGGAAGGACUUUGAGUGAAAGGAGAUGGAAGGCCGCUUUUACUGAAGACGGCCAUUUAGAUAUAGUUGGUGUGCUUAGGAGGAUCCAAAGAGGGUCACUGGAGCCAUGAAUUCCGGUUGGCUUUGUUCUGAAGACAAAGUACAAUGGUUUUGCACAGUAGUCAAUCUGGAUUGAUCAAGUUACCAGCCAUUUCGAACACAAUAAUUACUAAUUUAACCAGAAAUCAUAAAUCUGACUGGGGUAUAAUUGGUAUAAAGGUUUAAGAAGGGGUUGGGUUGUAUAUAAGUACAAACAUACAGGUGGAGUUGUACAAUACGAAAUAGAAAGGGUAGGGGCUACAGUUUUUUAUAUUAAGGGUUCAUGCGUCCAAAAUGGAUAACCAAGGGCUAUAGUUUUAGUAACCAUAAAUUUUAGUCGAAAAGCUCCUGUAAAGAGAUUGGAUUUGAGGCGUGUGCAGUAUAUAGUGUGGAUGUGCUAUCUAUUAGUUAUUGAUCUUUUAACUUUGAAAGCUAGUCUGCUUACCUAGGCAUUCAUCCUUCUAUUAAAGCGGCAGCUUGGGAGUUCUUGCUGGGCUGCUACGAUCCUGACAGCACUUAUGAUGAGCGGAAUGAGCUCAGAAAACAGCGGAGGGAGAAAUAUGCUGAGUUGAAAGCUGAAUGUAAGAAGAUGGUUCCUAUCUUUGGUACUGGAAAAUUCAUUACAACACCUAUAGUCAAUAAUGACGGUGAACCAGUUGAGGGUGAAGCAGGGAACUUGAAUGGAUCAAUGCCAGACACUGCUGGUGUAACAGAUAAAGAAGUCAUUCAGUGGAAGCUUAGCUUGUCACAGAUAGGUCUAGAUGUUGUUCGCACUGAUCGUACACUUGUCUUUUAUGAGAGUGAAGCAAAUCAGGCUAGACUCUGGGAAGUGUUAGCUGUUUAUUCUUGGAUGGACAAUAAAAUUGGUUAUGUACAAGGUAUGAAUGACAUAUGUUCUCCAAUGGUUAUUCUUCUCGAAGAUGAUGCAGAUGCCUUUUGGUGCUAUGAGCAUGCAAUGCGUAGAUUGAGAGAAAACUUUAGGACUAACGCAAGUUCUAUGGGAGUUCAAACUCAACUGGGUACCUUGUCACAAAUUAUGAAAGUUGUUGAUCCUCAACUUCAUCAGCACCUUGAGAAUUUGGAUGGUGGGGAGUAUCUUUUUGCUUUUCGUAUGUUGAUGGUACUAUUUCGGAGAGAGUUCUCGUUUUUAGAUUCUCUGUAUCUGUGGGAGGUUAUGUGGGCAAUGGAAUACAAUCCAAACAUGUUCAAGUGCUAUGAGAAAUCGGAAGAGCCAACUGCAGAGAAAGUAGACACUGAAAUGCUUAAAAAAUGUGGCAAGUUUGAGAGGAAAAAUGUAGAAACAGGAUCAGAGGAGGAUCGUAAAGGUGCUCUUGCUGUUUACUUAGUUGCGAGUUUUCUUGAGUCAAAGAACAAGAAACUUUUGCAAGAGGCCAAGGGCCUUGAUGAUGUUGUCCAAAUCAUGGGUGACAUGACUGGUAACGUGGACGCAAAAAGAGCAUUAAACAAGGCAUUGAGGAUCCACAAGAAAUAUAUCAAAGCCAAGAAAUCAUAGUUGUUUACUGUACAUAUGCGGGGAACAGGAUACAGCCUGGUAGAACUCCCGGUUGCUCCCCUGUUAGCUCCUUUGUCAGUGUUCUUAUUGUGGUGGCUCUACAGAAAUGUGUUCUUUAGAUUUUAUAUAUUCUUAGUUCACUAUGUUUAUCUUACAGUGGCAUUAUGUGUAAUUCUGAAUCCCUUGUAAAUAGAAAUUUUGAUAUGGGGUUGAAGAAAAUAAAAUGAAGG